AUGGCAGCACAGCAGCAACACUGGGGCCGUUUCCCGGAUUCGCAGGCCUCCACCGAUGCUCUUACAGAGUCCACCUUCAGCCCCCACUCGCCCACGGCUUCGAGCUUUGCUGGAGCUGCCCAAGGCCUAGCUCCCAGACCGCCUUCUUACCAGCGCCCAGUUUUUGUAGCUAAUGCUGCCCCAGGUGUGGGUGCGGGCAUUGGUGCGGGCAUCGGCAGUGCUGGCACCAAUGUAAACGUUGGUGUUGCUGAUUCUAAUAUUCCUCAAGAACCUGUCUCGCACAUGCCUGAAGAAACGUUUCGCAGACCCCAUCGACAGUCCUCGGAGCAAUUCCAGGAUUCAUUCUCUGCAUCAACUCGUCAGGCUCCUCAAGCUCUUCCUAAUACGCCAGAGGUUCUUGGAGGUCCACCUGUAAGCUAUCGUCAACCGUACGAAACUUCAGAACCACCUUACACCAGGCUCAACUCCAACUUAAACCACGUCCCGCCGACUUCCUUUCAAUCGCAGCCUUUGCCAUCCGGCCGUCUCGCCGUGGCCGACGGCAUGGAACCCGAAGGAUACUACACAACUCGUCGCGAAGAAUAUCCAGACUUUCCAAGAAGUCAGAUACAUGAUGUCACUGGCGGCAGAGGCGUCGUUGCGCCACCCAUGAUGCCGCAAGAUAUUGCUGCUGGAGGAACCCGAAGACCAUCCGUUACUCUGCCACCAGAGCGCCGCAAGAAGUUUGCAAACGACCGUUCACCACUCCAACGGCUUGAGCUGACGCUCGAUAGCAUGAGCAAGGAGGAAAAGAGGGCUAGAGUCCAGGCCGCGGAGCAGCGAGCUAGAGAACGUGCCGCAAAACGAGCCGCUGAAGCUUCCACAGCCCAGUCGGGUGAAUCACAAAGUCGCCGAAUACCCAUUGAACCGCCAAGUUAUCACCCAGAAGCCAUUGCACCAACCGUCCCGAUAGAGGAGCCUCAGAUGAAUCCCGCUGAUACUGGAAGCCGAGGGCAUCCAUACCCGCCACAUCAACCCCUACAACAUCAACAGCCAGCUCCUAGUCGCUAUCGUGCCGAGGCUGCGGAUCGUGGUCAUGUCGCUGGUACGCCACCGGCACUUCAAGUGCCAGAGCAACGAGAGGACCAUGGAGAGUCGAGAUCCGGGCUACCAAGGCGAAACCUAAGUUUCAGAGAACGCGCAGCGAGGAAUGAGAAAGAACAUACUGUCAAACAAACAAGCCCGGUAAGCCAACCAACAGCCUUCUUCAGCGGUGGUCCUAGUAGUGGAACGUAUAUUACACGCAAUGGAAGCAACAAGUUACGCAAGGAACCUCCCACGGAUCAAUGGACCUCAUUAAAGCCAAAUAUGGAGAGGAAAGUGCCCGGUUCUGCUAUCCAUGAGCCCACAUCAGCUACCCGAGCCUAUGGAGCCGCUGGUAGGCUCCCCCGUGCGAUUAGAGACAAAGAAUUGCCUCCCGUUCCGACAGCACAAGAACCUGCCCAAGGGAUACAACGUCGAGCAACUGAACCUAUUUAUAGAAAGGAGUUCGGAUCUGAUGAAGAGUAUAUUCCUCCUGCAACUAGUAGUAACGCCAAUACCAGUUCUAUUCAAAGCCCAGGUACCGAGCAGCAAGAUCCAGCCGUCUCCGGAAAACGCUCUGAACGUCAGGACAGCAGCCAUUCCGUUGAGAGUCUCCCUCAGCAUCGAGUUUCAAACAUGAUAUUUAAAGACCCGGAAAACUUGCGUCCUGGUCAAGGGUUGUAUCAGCCGCCAGUUUGGCUGGAUGAAUAUCAGAAUGCAACUGUUGGGUUUCUUGGUGGGACCCUACUGGACCUCACAGAAAACUAUCAAGCAAUCAGUGACAAGAAUAAGGCUUGGUGGGAGAACACCGGGGGACGAAAAAAUAGUACUUACUCAUCGAGGCCACGGAAAGCUGAAGCGUUCGAUGGCGAGUAUGAUGACACAAACGGUAGGAGCAACGUCUUAAAAAGUAGACCCCUACUCACAACGUAUGUUAAUCGUGCUUUAGCUCCAACACGGUUCAAGCCGCCCUUGUAUCUUAAAUGCGGCCCACUCUUGAGAUACUGUGGAAUUCGUCAGGAGAAGGUACCCACGCGAUCUCAAAACAGUGCCGUGUCAAAUCGUGAGAUAUGGAGAGGGAGCGUCAUGAUCGUAACGCACGAUUCAGAAUCAUCCUACGAUAUUGCGCCCAUGCUUCGCCUCUUCGUACAGGACAUUCAGCUUCUACCUCCUCCACCACUUCAAGUGAAUGGGGAUUUACCACCUGAAUACGUGGAUCCGAUUGCAGGACACCCCAAGCUUGGUCGUAGAGGAGAAACUAUCUAUGUACGCCCGGUGGAACAUCUGGAAGAAGCCAGAGACCUAUCUCGUACUGAAACAGAUCAAGGCCUGUACGAAAAGUCACGAAGUCCGCCAGAUAUCCCCCCUUCAAAUGGCGCAACCGAGUUGCCUCAAUCCUUCGCCGGCCGCCAGAAGCGCAUUCAGACUGACGGUGAGAAGCUGCAAAAGUACAAGGAUGUGAGGGGAUUUCGUCUUCACGCAGAGCGAGGCUGCACCUUCUGGAGAUUCAACAUCGAAGUUGAAUUGCGAGAUAAGCAACAACGCAUCGCUUAUCGUAUCAACCGAGGUCCUUCUAUGGCAUUCUGGGUUCCUCCUCGAGGACAGGCUAUGAAUAUCAUGUUCCAUAGCUGCAAUGGGUUCAGUGCCAGCGCCAACCCCGACGAUCUUAGCGGCCCUGAUCCCAUGUGGCGUGAUGUUCUGAAUACACACCAGUCGCAACCAUUCCAUGUAAUGAUUGGAGGUGGUGACCAAAUUUACAAUGAUUCCGUUGCUCAUGAAUGCAGCCUGUUUGAUGAAUGGCUUGAUAUCCGACAUCCCCAGCACAAACAUGUGGCUGCAUUUACUGCCAGCAUGCAGGAUGAAAUGGAAGAAUUUUAUCUACAGCGCUAUUGCAUGUGGUUCUCCCAAGGGCUUUUCAGCUUGGCAGCAUCGCAGAUUCCCAUGGUCAACAUGUAUGAUGAUCACGACAUCUUCGACGGAUAUGGUUCUUAUCCCGACCACUACAUGAAGUCACCGGUAUUUGCCGGUUUGGGAGCGGUUGCUUUCAAGUACUAUAUGCUCUUCCAACACCAAAGCGUUUUGACCGAGACAGAAAACACGGAGCCCAGCUGGAUUCUUGGUCAAGAGCCAGGACCGUACAUUCAGGAGCUGAGCCGUAGCGUUUAUGUAUCCAUGGGAGGCAAAGUUGCCUUGCUUGCGGUGGAUUGUCGCACCGAGAGAACAGAGCACGACGUGAUCAAUAACCAGACAUGGGAGACGAUCAUCAAUAGAAUGUAUGCUGAGGUACGGCGUGGCCACGUCGAGCAUUUACUGGUGUUGUUGGGUGUCCCGAUCGCAUAUCCCAGGCUGGUCUGGCUAGAGAAUAUUUUGACAUCCCGGUUGAUGGAUCCCGUCAAGGCUCUCGGCCGAACUGGCAUGUUUGGCAAAGCCCUCAAUAAUAUCGAUGGUGGUGUAGAGGUCUUGGAUGACUUGAAUGACCACUGGACUGCCAAGAACCACAAACACGAGAGAAGCAUAAUUAUGGAGGAUUUACAGGAUUUGGCGAUUGAUAAAUCAUUGCGAAUCACGAUUCUGAGUGGUGACGUACACUUGGCUGCGGUUGGUCAGUUUUAUUCAAACCCCAAGCUUGGCUUGCCAAAGCACAAGGACCCGAGAUACAUGAUCAACGUUGUAUCUUCAGCUAUCGCAAAUACCCCGCCGUCGGAUAUACUGGCGGAUGUACUGAACAAGCGAAACAAGGUGCAUCAUUUCGACAAGCAAACUGAUGAAAGCAUGGUCCCUCUAUUCCAUCAUGGAGUGGAUGGAAAACCCCGAAACAAUAAACACCUCCUGCCACACAGAAACUGGUGUUCUAUUCGUUCCUGGUCACCUGGCAGAACGCCGCCCCCAACACCACCUUUGUCGACUUAUGAUAGGAGUCCGAGCCCACCACCGGUGGUGAAUAGCAAUGGCGGCGGGGGUGGAGGCGGCCUGUUUCGACGACUCUCCCUGGGGGGUGGAACACGGUCAACGUCAAAUCGCUUCGAUGGAUCACGUACGUCUGUUCGAGGCGAUAGACCUCCAGUGUCAGGAGGCGUGGGUGGCUUAUUCCGCAGUUUGUCGCGGAGAAACUCGUCUGAUGGUCCUCGGCCGACGAAGCUGACCCGUACAAUGUCACUCGGAAGUGGCGAGGGCAAGAAGAAGGGGAUCUUCAGCCUCGGUCGACGUGGAACCAAGAGCAGGCCUGAUGAUGGAGGUAUCAAUGGGCAAUGGGGUGUCCAGAGCGACGAUGAGGACGGCUACUUCGUUGGUAGCCACCCUUCGCAUGCCGUCCGACCGUCAGGGCUGCGCGGUGGCGGUACAUAUGAACACGCUGAAUUCUCAGAUGAUGAUGAGAUGCAUUUUACAGCUAGACCACCACUACAUACCCAGACUACUGGCAACCAACCGGCAGGGACUACUAGGGGCGAUGACGAACCAGACUCUAUGGUGCGCCCAUUCCAUCGCACGCCAACGGGAUUGUCAAUGAAACAGUUGCGCAAAGCUGAGAAGUUUACCGUUGAUCUUGAAGGCGGUCUGGACAUAUGCCUCAAUGUGGAGGUCAAUUCCAAGGACCCAACAGGUAUUACUGUUCCAUAUAGGCUGUUGGUACCUCGAUUGCAGUAUGAGUAUAACCCAGCAGAUGAUGAGCUACAACAGCCUGCCAAGGAGCUACAACAGCCGACAGGCUUCAAGAGGUUUUUGAGCUUCCGCAAGAAGCCCGAGAAGCCCAAUCUGCAACAAGAACACGAGGAUGACGGCGAGGAGAGCGAAGAAGAGAAUGAUGAUUAUGUGAGCGAUGAAAGCUCAGAUGUCCCACCACGGCGAUGA